CUACGCCGCCAAAGGCUUCAGCCAGAGCGAAGCGCCCAGCCACGAGAUCAGCGGUGAGUCGGGGGGGCGUCGCGGCUCCUUUGUGCUCGGAGCCCCGCACUCGGCCGGGCUGGGCUCCGCGGGGCGCGCUGCCUUCCUGCAGCCGGGCUGCGGCUCCGGAUCCCGGUGCGACUCGCCGAGCUGAGCCCCGCCGCGCCGGGCCGGGCCCGCGCCUGUUGCCGGCUCGCUCGCUCCCGCAGGCGGUAUCGCGGCCGCCGUUCUCCCUCCGGAGCCGUCCCGGUACCGCCGGGCGAAGUCUCAGCGAAAUGAUUUCUUUUUCUUUCUUUCCUUUUUUUUUUUUUUUUCCCUCCUUGGUUUUUUUUCCCCCCCAUCCCGAGGUAGUCGCGCAUCCCGGGGACGGCAGUGCUCGCAGCCGGCAGCAGUAGGAAAUGGUAGCUAAUGUGCUCACACCCAAAACAUUUUAUUCUUUUUGUUUCAUCCUUCGUCUCCCUCCCAGGGCUGCUGCUUUUAUUUCCCCUUCUGAAUGACCUACUGGACCGCAUUCUCCGCGGAACAAAGGAAGUGCCUUUUUAGCUGGAAUCCUCGGAGACCACCAAGGACUCCGGCUCCUGCACUGCAAUUUCGCACUACUUUUAACAAUAACAAAAAUGCAUGACUGAAUGGUUCAAAAAUGUGGAGUGUUAGAGGCAUUCAUUUCAGUCUGGGACGCUGUCACAACACAGACAGACCCCGAGUAAAUACCUUUAGAUGGCGGAUAUAGAAGUUGGGGGUAAUCUUUAGCAUUGGUGCGCCCUCCAGUUACGCAUACAUUAUUAUCCUUUUCACUGGCGCUCUGAAAUGAUUUCAGUCGGAUGCACUUUUGUCUUGUCAGACUAAUGGUACGCGUUUCUCCCAUGACUGAGUGGAACUGAGGGCCCGUUUACUUCUGCAAGAAAUAUUUUAAUGAGAAACGUCUGACUGGUUGCAGUUAAAAUACUCCCUCCGCCCUCCCUGCUUCGGGAAGGUCUCUAAUAAAUGGGUUUAUCUUUGAUGUGAGGAGCGGGACGUGGGCAGGUUUCCUUGUACACCCGGUGUCUGGAAGGUCUGUCCCAGUCCUUAUCUCAUAGGUUGGUAUUUAAGGUGGUCUCUGGGGGGUGUCAGUCUGGAUCCUGGUGGCAGUGCUCAUGGAGAAGCUCGUGGAGCUGACCCUUUGCAAGGAGGGCUCAGAGACGUGUGAGGAGCAAGGUAAGGUGAGGGGUUUUCUGCUGUGCCACGCUGAACGCACCACCUGAGUUAUGUCACUGUGCCGGGGGUGUGGGAAAGCUGCAUCUGCAACAGGUCCUGUGCAGUUCUGUGUUAAAUGUCACCCACCCCACGGGCUGCUCCAGGCUUGGUGGAAGGCUCUAAAUGCAGGGCACCGUGUGCUCCUUGAAAGCGCAAUGUGACUUGAGUGCUGCUGCCCUUGGAGUUAAACCUCGCGUGGGGUGCAACACCUGCUGCAGUUUCAUAUUCCCCUGCAAAUGUGGUGGUUUUGGUGUGCGUGGUGUUAAAAGGCUCCUGACCCCCCCUCGGGCUGCUCCUCAGCCACUGUAUGCAAAUGGAGAAGUGCUCAGGGCUCUCAUCCUGCUGCUUUGGGCUUUGUGAGCACGUGGGGUGUCUCCUGUGACCCUGAUGGGGACUGAGGUCUGACAAGGGGCCAAAAGGUCUGCAGUGUACAUCCGUGCCUCCAAAAAUGAGUCAUCAGCCAGACCUUUGGUCUCCAUUGGUGAUUCAGGUGGUAGCGAUGUGCUCUGAGAUGAUGUGCGCGAGGAAAGGAGCCCAAGGCUGUUGGGUUCUGCUCUACGUUUCAGUGCUGCUUUGCUAGGCUGUGUGCUGCUCUCCCACCUUCCUGCAGAACUGCUUCAGAUCACGGUGCACUGCCAGGCUUCCUCGUGUGUCUCCAGAAAGGUGCCCUAUGUAGCAAACCGCCUUCUGUAGGGUUUCUCUGCUGUCGGAGCAGGGCUUACCCAGCCUACAGAUCUGAUGGCCUUGAGUUGUCAACGUGCUGCAGUGUGGGCAGAGACGUCCCUGCAGUGAGCUGUGUGAUAGCAAGUGGGACACGUCCUCACCUGGUGGGCACAGGAGUCCUCCCAGGACGUGGUAGCAUCUCAUGUGGGUAUUUCACCCUAUUUAUGUUCUUCCAGAGCAGCAGAUUAGUGCAACCUUAUGCUGGAAUGGACAGCUUUUUUUUUUUUUUUGAUCCACACCAUUGCUGUUCUGGUUGCAUUAAAUGGGUAUUCUUUGUGCAUAAUUACCUAGGAGUUCGAGUUAAUAUUUAUUUAGAUUAGGUUUAGAAUACGAUACAACCUGCCAUUUACGUGCAUUUUAAUUACAUCUUGCUGAUGUAUGUGGGCAUUUCUGAAAGCAGCGCGCAGCUGCUCAGCUACUGGCUUGAUGAGAGGUGUGCAAGGUGUUCUUUGUAGCAGCGAACACAGAGAAAUUGUUUCCUUUUAUUUAAACCUGGGAGAGGAGGUGUGAAGAGAUACUAUGGGGAGAAAUCUGCGCCGGGAGUUUCCUACUAUAGAGUAUCCUACUGUGAGGUCUGUAGGAACUUCUGCCCUGUGGCCCUAUGAUACUUUGUGUCACGGUGAUGUGCGGUCUUGCUUCUGUUACACUUCCAGGUGCCUGAUGUAGAGGGUUGGUUUGGGGAGCUUCACUGUUGGUGUGGUGUAGGAAGCCAGCUGGUGGUGGGGGUAGUGGCAUCCCUGAGAUCCCAGUGGGUGGCUGGGAUUUAAAACCAAAAACCCCCCGUUCCUUCCAGCUGAGGCUCCUUGCUCUGAGCUCAUGGAGAUCACUUCCCCUUGUCCUUCGAGCUGGAGGAAGGAGGUGUUUCUGUUCCCCAAUGAAAAGGAAAACAGCUCUUGCUGAUCAGUGGAAGGUAUCAUCCGUUAAGCUGUGGGUGCCCUGUGGAGGUGUAAUGUGUUCCCAUCUCCUCAUUUCCUCGUGUGGAGGUUUUAGGGGAGCUCUUGAGGCAGGUUUGGAAAGCAUUGGCUUUUAGGUGGCUGCCGGUAGGCAGAGCUCUGCAAUCUUAGGAGCGAUGCCUUUGUUUCUCCUUUAACCAACCUCAUGGAAUAGGUGUCGGUGGUGCAUGGGAGAGGUUCUUUUCCCUGUGGCUGAGGAGUUGCUUGGCUCUCAGCUUUGGGCUUUUAGGAUCUUGCCCAAAUCUGCUGGAGGUGUGCUCUGCUGUCCCGCCGCUGUAGUUGUCACCUGGGUGCUGUCACCACUGCAUCACCCAGCUGUGCCCUCCUGGGCAAUGGAAACGUGCUGUGGGCACGGAGGGGCUCUGGGGAAGGGGCUGGCGUGCUCCUCACACUCUGCCUGAAGGUGUGCCUGGCUGCCAGCUGGAGCCAGAGCUGCUGUCUCCCACCCUGGGGAGCAGCAUGGUUUCUCGUGCAUUAAUAGAACCAUUAUCCAUGGGCCAGGAGGGAACCGUCGGGGAACAUCUUUGCGGCGAGCUCGGAAAAGCAAACGAGCAAAACUUCGGAAGUAUUUUUAGCCUCUUCUAAUGUCAUCGAGCAACUGGGAGCAGCGGGGGGCAGCUGGCAGCGUGCGAGCACCGGCCUGGGAGCAGAGAGACUGCUGGGAGAUGGGGCAGAGGGAGCCGGGGCUGCGUUGAGCUCCGUCAGCCUGCAGAGCUGCUCCACUACAGCGGCGCGUUGUGUCCUCGUGCGGCGUGUGGUUACGCAGCAGUCCGGGCUGAGUGGGAGUAUCGUUUUCCUUGGCAGAUGCUUCAUAGAAAGUUCUGUUUUUUUUUUUUUUUCUCUGCCAGAAUAAGCAGUCGUUGCAUUCCGUACGAUUCAUAGUCAAGUUAUUAUCUAUUGUUAGAAUCGCCUUAAUUAUCAGAUGUUUCCUUAGACGUGUAGCUGUUUUGUGACGGGCUGAAUGGGAGUGUGUACACUGCGCAGCUCAGGCGUCCUGCAUGAUGUUUUUAGGGCUGUUUUGUAAUUUCAGGGAGAUUUUCUGUGGCUUUCGUAUGUCAACAGGCUUUUUAUUCUCCCCGAGACUGCAGCAGAGCGAGGCGCCGGGCAGAGCUGCCGUGCUGUGGGAUGCUGGGUCUCCCUGCACUGUGUGUUCAUCCCUUCUGGGCGAGGAGCAGGGAAUGCUCAGGCUGGAAUGGGGCUGUGGGCAUGAGGUGGGCAUGAGGUCUAGUGGGAGGUGGUCUCAGAUGAGGCUUUUUUUUUUUCCUUGGAGGUGUAGGUAGGCAAUGCUGGAGGCUGGAAGGGUCCCAGCAGGGUGUUGGUGUAUGUGGCAGUGGGGUGGGCUAGCAGCUGCUGUCCUGGCUGUGGGCAGUGAGUUUGUCUCUGGGGUGCAGCCGGGGCUGUGUGUUGAUGGAGAAGGUCUGGGCAGCACCAUGGUGGAGAAUCAUGAAUGGUAAAAUCAUUAAGGUUGGAAAAGACGACUAAGAUCUCUGUGUCCAGCCCCAACCCACCCCACCAUGCCCAUCACCGCACCCCUCAGUGCCGUAUCCCCAUGGUUCUGGAACACCACCACGGACGGGGACCCCACCGCUCCCUGGAAAGUGCUGCUCUGUCUGCUGCAGAAUCUUUCACCUCCUUCCAAAAAAGAGCCAUCCUUGGGACUCAUUCCCUGCUUUUGUUCUGCUUGCCUUUUAUUUUUUUUCUUUCUCUCUCUCUCUUUUUUUUUUUUCUCCCCCUUUCCAAGGAAGUCCUUGUUAACCAAAAAGCUCUGUGCCCCCCCUCCAGCUCCCGGGGGCGGGGGGCUGCCAGCACUGGUCUCCGGGGCAAUAACCUCCUCACAUUCCUCGCAUUCCUUCUGCUUUCUCUUUCUUCUGAGAUUAUGAAGAUAACUUCCUUCUCCCAUUGCUAAGCAAUGCAAGGGCUCAGGAAAACUCUUGAAUUCUCGCCCCUGCACCCUGAAUUACCUUGUGAGCUCCACGAGCUCCCCUGUAGCAACCUCUUCUAGUCUGUUUGCUGGGAUUUGUGCACCUCUGGAAGGAAGCUGCUGCCUCCUUUAUUGUUAUUUUUAAUUGCCAAGCAUCUUAAUUAAAAAAGGAUGACUUUGUUAUGGCCCAUCUCACCUGCUUCCUAGUUUAAAGACUUUCCUUAGUGUUUCAUGGGGUACUUUCCCUUUCCAGCAGAGGUUUUGGGAUGUCCAUCCCUCUCGCGGCCGCCCGGACCAAAGGAUUUUGAGGGAGCGUUUCUCUUAAUGUUUCCAAUUGAGGAGUUGAGAAUUGUCUGGGUUUUAAGCAAAUUCAGAUGGGAGCAAACAAUGAUGAAAUGUUUAAAAUAUGUUUCAACAUUUUUGUGGGAAUAGGAACUGCUUUUUUACGGGCCAGCUUUCAGGAGGUGAAAAUAUGUGGCCCAUACACAUUGUCAGCAUUGUUGCUGCUUUUCUUCCUUCUUUUUUCUUUCUUUUUUUUUUUUUUUUGAAUACUCAUAGGAAAUUGGCUUUGGUAAUUGAGUUUCUACAGAACCACAACAUCCAAUGGCUGUUCCUUCCCUGGGGUCACAGUUAGGUUAGUUUAAGUACUGUGCGGGAGGUUUAACCUCUUGUGGUUUGUAGUGCUAUUCGAGAAAUUGCUGGUGAUUUGGGGUGUGUGAGAGCAAUAGCUUCACAGGAAAACCCCAAAUGUCAGGGUGUCUGGAUUUCGGAGAGCUCAGAGAGCCAGGCACCUCGUGGUGCCUUCGGAAGAGGCAGCCCAAGUCUUUACGGCCCAUUGACUCUCCUUUAGAAAGAAGCUGGAAUAACUGUCCGUGUAUUGUUUACCUACGUUGACUUAUAACAUCCUCCUGCUUCAAAACACCUUUGUUUUGGGUCCUGCAGAUGCCAAACUCGCUGCCUGGUGCUGGGUCGCAUCGCUCUGCGUGGCUGGCAUCCCCAAAAGCUCUGGGAUUUGGGGAUUGUUCUGGCAGAAAGGAGCCAGCUUUAAGAAAUUACGCAUUGGGGCUGGAGCUUGGUAGCAUUGACUGGUAGGCAUAAAAAUCCCCGUGCUGCAGGCUGCGAUGACAGGCAAUGAUAAAUCACUCUUGGCUGGUGCUACAGGUUUCAAUAAUGGUGUUUUAAAAAAGAUUACAUGGGUUUUAAUACAAACUUCUUGCUUCUCUGUACUGUCCGUUUGGUUUCCAUUUCUGAAGAGCAGAGCCUGUUUGGAUUCAAUAUGAGGAUGGAGCCAGGAUUUUACUGGUUGGAAACAUUGCUUUUUGUUAUUCCUACAAACAUGAGGAUCUUGUUGGAGUGCCUUUUAGCCAGCUGGCUGCAGGGAGCUGCUUCUCAAGGUGCCUGUUUGUUUGUUUGUUUGUCAGCUUAGAAGGUAACUUUGCCCCAUGGAGGAUGAAAGAGCAAACUUUCAGCUCCAGUGGGUGCUGUUACAAAGAAAUUUCCCUGAGAUAGGGAAAGACUCAGUGAUAGCAGCGAGGGAGGAAACAACCUUGUGCACAUACCCUGGGUUUCUUUGGCCCAUUCCCAUGAGAGGAUAGGGCAUCAGUGUGAUCAAAGGCAGCAGAACAAUUAGAAACCUGCUGCAGGUGAGUUCACGUUGCCAGGUGUGCAUGGGUACCUGGCUUUGCCUUUGCUCUGAGUCGUGUAAGGUGGGGUUGGUUUAUUUUUCUGGUUCCCACUGAGGUUGCAGGAGGAUAAGGGGCUGUUUCUGUAGCUGGGGUCUGCCCUUCGCUGGGGUGUGGGAGCAACAGCAUGUCUGUGGGCUGCUGGUGGUGCCAGGCAAGGUGUGCUCCUGCAGCGCGGUACCUGCUGUGCACGGUGCUGUGGUGGCAGCAGACCUGGGGACAGAAGGAGGUGACGCUGGUCCCACGGCAGGGCACAAACCCCGUGUCAGAUAAGGGUAGAGCGGUGCCACUGCUCAUGUUUGGGCUGAAGGAAAGCAAACAAACUGGGUUUGGCUCAGUGCAGACAUUGAGCUGUGGGUGCCAUGGGACCACGUGCUUUUCUUGCUGGGGAGAAGUUGUUGCUUUGGUAGCAUCUGCUCGUGAUUCAGUGCUGUUUACAUAAUAAUUGUGGUUGGCUUUCAUUAGCUCUCGUAAUGAGUGAGCUUUCCUUUAGCACAGUUACUUGUCGGUUCGGUUUCACAGCAUCCCACUGUAGCACAGAGGUGGUGUGGGGACCAUCAGUCUGGGCUGUGUCCUCUCUGCAGGCACAGUGAUGCGGUCACAGCUCCUUAGUUUAGCUUCUGAAAGAGCCAGGUAAUGGUUUGGGUCAGCGGGGCUUCUUUACAGAGUGGGGUUUCAGUCCAGUUUGGGUGAUAUCUCAGUGCAGUGUUUAUGUUUGCACUAAGAACUGUUGGUUUUAGCUAACGGCGAGGACGGAAAUCCAUCAACCUGCUUCCACCAGCAGAAAAACCCAGGGUCUGUUGUGUAUUGGAAACACCAAUCUGUGCCACUGGGGUUGUUUGGCCGUAUGAUGCAUCCCCUCCCAUGCCAAGGGAGGGUCGGAACAGAACGAACUUUAAGGUCCUUUCCAACCCAAGCCGUGCUGUGAUUCUGUGACGCUCCUGGAUUAGCUGCUGACGCCUCACCUUGGUGCAGCCAUGUUUGCUUUUCAUGUGUGAGUGAAGGAAGGGUGGUAUUGGUGCAUAGCCAGCAGCAGCUGCUGCUACCUGAGCAGCGGUGCUGGAAACUGCUGGGGGACACAGCCCGGCGCUGAGCUUUGUAAAUAAAUAAUGCUACUUAGCAGAGCACACAAUAGCCCAAGUGCUGCCUUUCGACGAGGUUUGGGCCUGGGUGUUUUUGAACGUAACAGCGGGUGCGUUGUGAGAGCGGUGGCACCGCUCUCAGCCGUGUGGCUUCGGGUGAUUAAUGUGGGUUAAUUGGAGAGCGGUGGCUUGGCGGGCAGAGGAGAUGUGGCUGGUUGGAACAGCAAAUGGAUGAGGCUCGGGGCUGUUCUGCCCCAUUGAACCCACCCUGCCGAAGGGAUGCAGAGAGCAGAACUUCGCAUAACUCAGCUCUCCGCUCUAUUAAAGGCUCCUUUAUAAGGGGUUGCCAGAACAGCAGCCUUUUCAGCAGCAGAAACCUCCCUUACCGGGAAGGCUCCGUGCAGGAACUGGCACGCCUGGCUCCAGGGCUGGCGUUUUCCAGCAAUCCUGAAGCUGGAGAAAGCUCACCAGGAAUAGCUGUGGUGAGGAAGGGUUAAUUUCUAGGUAUCGAAAUAUGCACAAAAGGUUAAAUGGGACUUCCUCCUUGUCAGUGAAUUACGGCUUUAAAAUAUUUGCAUUCUUUCCUGAAAGAUUUAGGAAUAAUUAUAUAGCACUCAGGGGCAAGGCAUUGCCAGAUAAACUUAACAACUCUAUAAUUUGUACUCGAGGCAGGGUUUCCUGUAAAUGAUAGCUUUGUUUAAUUUUACAAUACUGCUUCCAAAUGUUUGCAGGUUAUGAAUUGCCAACCAAACUGGACCUGUGAAUCUGGAAGGGUAUUUGUUUGUUACUGGAGAUGAUCAAAGCUGCUGAAUUAGGCAAAAACUUGGCAUCUCCUUUAAAACUUGGAGGUAUCCUCUCCCAUGCGGGGUCCUUGGGGUGGGCAGCUGAGGGUACGGGGUGGGCAGCACUCUUGCUGCCUGCACCAAGGCCCUGAGCUGCUCCGGGUCCAUUCCUGCUCAGCAUUUCUUCCUCUGGGGUCGGGAAAGGAAUGCCGCAGUUUCAGGACGCAUACUUUAUUUCCAUUACUCAAAGCUGGAGUCAUGCGUGGUUACAGCCAGAGACACUUCAGCAGCUCUGGGGAUAACAAGAUAGCUGACAGAUUGGAAUGCGGAUUUAUCAGGGGUAAAAACUGGCAAAAUUCCUUAUUUCUGAUUCUUCUUAAAUAGAGCCUCCGUGCUCCUGCUGCAUGAGGCCACCACGAGCUUUAACCCUUUGUGCUUCCCCAGCAAUAUGCAUUGAGCUGCGUCCAUCCCUGCGUGUGACUGCAUUGCUCGGUCUCAGCUUGUGGGUGUUUUGUUUUGAACAGUGACUCUCUCCCAGAGAUGUUUUUGAUAGGUCUUGAUUUUCAAGUGCAGGCCUUCUGCACCACACGAGUGGCUGAAUGACCACAGAAUGUAAAUUUUACUGCGUAUUGCCUUUGGGCUGGCAGUUUGCAGGGGUACGGGGCAGUUAACACAGCGGGAUUGUGCCAUGGAAUCUGCUUCCUUCGGGUUUGAUUCAUCUCCAUUUCUUUUGGAGCCAAUCACGUUAUGGGCUUUGGUUGCAUUUUGCUGUGGAGUUACUUUUGCCAUGCCUUUGCUGGGAUCUGUAUGUUGCUAUGAGAAACAGGUCAUCUUCAGCACUCUGCCUUCUUAGUGAUACAUCCACUUUAAUAUUCUGAGACACCAAGCAACGUCUUCUAGGGAAACAAGUUAAGAGCAUCCAAGAGUUGAAUAGAGUGGAAUCCCUCGGUUAUGGGAACUGGGUGUAGAAGAGGAGUCAGGCUGUUCAGCAGGAAAACUCCAAGUUAAAAUUGAACCUGGGAGCAUUCCUGAAGCGCUGAGAGCAGCUGCUAAUGCAGCGGACCUGUCUGCAGGGCGGCAGUGUUUGGAGCUGGUGGUUGCUGCUGUGGUUGUGUGUCUGCCCUGGAGGAGAACGAAGAGAAUUUCACUUUUUGUGUCAAAAGGAAAGGAUUGCUCAAGGAUUGCAAAACACUUUGUUUUGGAAAAAUGGCAUUGUUUGGAAAUAGCACAGGGGUAGGAGAGGGGCUGCCUCUGGAUGCUUCUUGGCCCGUUUACUGCAGUUCAUUCAUGGGACAAAUCUGUCCCCACGUGGACACCCCAGUGUGUGGGACCCCACAUCUCAGCCCUGCCAGCAUCGCUUUGUGUCAGCAUUGGGCCGCUAAAUGCCUCCCUGCUGUGGGACUUCUUGUCUUUCCUCCAUUCUUUUCAUAGCUGCAAACAUUUAGAGAGUGCUGAUGCUUCAGGUGAUGCCUGGGUAACAAAGCAGCCCUGGGGUGAGAGGAGGGACACCCUCUCCCUUCUUGGAAAGGACUGAAAUGGCUGGGAAACAUCCGGCUCUCAUCAGCACUAUUGACUGUUCCAGGAUGGGUUAAGAGUGGUGCUGGCAUUCAUGUCUCUUUGCUUCACCAGCUCCUGUUAUGCAGGCAGGGGCAUUUUCAUGGGGUCAUGAAGACUGGAUAAGACCACUAAGAUCCCCAAGUCCAACCCCAGCCCACAGCCGCGUCCCUCAGUGCCACAUCUCCGUGGUUCUGGAACACCUCCAGGGAUGGCGACCCCACCACCUCCCUGGGCAGCCGUGCCAAUGCAUUAUCACUCUUUCAGAGGAGAAAUCUUUCCCAGUAUCCAGCCUAUUUUGCUGUUGCUGAAUCUCUUUGGGCUCCCCUGUACUGUUUGCCUUUCUGUGAGCAGACUUGGUGCUGCCUGGGACAGGGAUGGCAAAGGUCCUGUUUGCAGUUCUGAGCCAGGCUGAUCAGGGUCGUGCUUCAAAAACAAAAUUGAACAUUUUCAAUACCUGGCAGUAAUAGCCUGAAUGGAGUGUUAAGAUGCUAGCAGCUGGGCUGGUUGUUUUCCUACCCCACUGGCCAGGAGUCCGCUACGCUGCUGAUGCCACUGUUGUAGUGUGAGGUGAUGCGGCCAAAAUAUGAGUUUGGUGGUGGGAAGUGUAUGUGACACCUGCACUCAGUGCUGAGCCCUCCUAGCCUUGCUCUUUCCAGAAUUCCCCACAAUACCUGUGGUAGUUUGGUGGUUACAGACAGGAGACCUUCCUGGGCAAGGUGUAUCCUUGAUAGGACGAGAGGUAAAGUCCUCAAGUUGCUCCAGGGAAGGUUCAGGUUGGAUAUUAGGAAAAAUUCCUUCUCUGAAAGAGCAGUGAGACAUUGGCACAGGCUGCCCAGGGAUGUGGUGAAGUCCUCCUCUGUGGAGGUGUUCCAGAAUCAUGGAGUUGUGGCACUGGGGGACACGGCUAUGGGCAUGGUGGGGUGGGUUGGGGUUGAACUGGAUGGUCUUGGGGUCUUUUCCAACCUUAAUAAUUCUAUGAUGGGGAAACCAGAAGGAUGGGAUUGUCUUAAGAAGUCGAAGCGGCCUCCUGUGCUCUCCAGCCCUCCUUGUGGGCAGUUGUCUUCUGCAUCCUCCAUCUGGGACCCUCUGGUCCUCCCUGGGAGAAUUUUGCUUGAACAGAGCUGGUGGUAAAGAAGCUGGCUUACAAAUUGUUGAAAGGAUUUGAGAGCUAUCUAUGCUAAUUGAGGAGGAGUGCUGGUGUGAACCCGCAGGCAGAUAACACAGUGUUCACAGCUGCAUGGGAUGGCAGAUAGGGCUCCAUGGGGGAGGGAAGAGGGAAUUUUUAAUUCUGAUAUAUCCUUAUCUUAAUCCUCUCUCCCACCCCCCUUCUUGCCUCUUGCUGGAUGGGUUAAACCUCUCAAGCUUACCUUUUCCACAGAUACGGAUGGCUGCCUGGUUCCAGGCUGGGGGAAUACAUGAGGGGUCUGUUCCACCAGCGGGAUGGUUUCUGGACAUAGGUCACAUUAUAUGGGCUGAGCACAGUGUGCUGCUUGUGUGAGCUGGGCGCCUUGGACAACAGAUACCCAGGCAGUUAGAAAAGGAACGCUUGGUGUGAGUAGCAGCCAAGGGCUUAAAAACACAUUUUUCAGGUAAAAAAAAAAAAAAAAAAAAACAAAAAAAAAACAAACCCUUAUUUACCAACUCUGCUGUGGUCUCAGCUCUGAUGUGAUUUAUUUAAGGAGAGAUGAAGCUGAGAUGGGAGAGAUGCGGGCAGUGCUUUGGAUUGCCAUCAGUGCUGGGGGCUGUGCUCUGGUCCCAGCACUUCUCCAAAACCAUCACCAGGGACUGCCUAUGGUGGCACAGGGCUGCAGGGAUGGCUUCAUCCCACGGUGGCCCAAUUUCAGGACAUUUCAAAGGUCACCUCAUGUAUUUGGUGCGGGACCUCCUCCAUCUCCAGUUGCGCUGCUUGUUUGCCUUUCUCCCUGUAACAUUUCGGGCUCAGCCAUGUGUGGUUUGAAGGUUUGUCAUAUUUACACUAGCAGUUCAGCUGAAAAGCAGCUUUUCUUCCUGGGAAAAGCCAGGAACCACUAAUGUGCAAUCUUUGUGUAUAAAGUUGCCUUUCUCUGCUUAUAAACAGUGGCCCUAGGAUGGAUGGAUGUGCAGUGGACCUGUUUAGAUUUAAAUCUGACCCACCUCCUUGUUUUUUGUGCUGACUUUCCCUUUGAGGAAGAUGUUCUUUCCUGCCUUUUGCCACUGCAAAAGGUGUGAGUUUUUAACCUUUAAAGCUGAAGAGUUGGGCCUAAUUGCAGUGUCCUGCUGUAAAUGGCAGUGUAUGAUUUCCCUUGCAGUGAUUUCCCCAUAAUAGACCAGUUGCUCAGGAACCUCCCUUGUAGCCUUCCUGCUGAUGGCCCAGCCAGCAGGGUUGGAUGGGGGCUGUGUUGUGGCACACCUCAAGGUGUAGUGGGGAUGGUGAGUGCUAUGGUUGGGCUGGCUGUCCUCUAUUCCAUAGAGGAAACGGGGUGUUUAUGGCCAUCUCUGUCCUGCUGAUGAAUGGAGCAAGGCUGUAAGUCCCUGUGUCACUGAGUUAACUUGGGGUGAGUUUUGGUUUUAUUUGAGCUGUUGGCAGUGUGGAGAAAGGGAAUAUCCUUGGACAAACGCCCUCCCCUUUUAGGCUGGCUUGGAUGCUCCUUGUACUGUUCUUGAUGCGUCUCCUGCCAAAACAACGUAGCUUUCUCAAACUGGAUGAUGGGUUAUAAGUAUCUGAGAGAUGCAGAGAGCCCCUUGCAUGUCAUGAUAGCUACUGCUAAGUGUGACAUCGGGAGAGGGUGAACUGCUCUGCAUCCUUUGCAAGUGGAGCAUCCCAUCUGAAACACUGGGUCCAAAACCUGGACAAGCAGUAGGUCUGGUGUGCCACAGAGAGAGCUGUUAGCUGGUGUUUGGGCUGAGAAGCUUGUCCUGUGCUGAGCUGAACUGGGGAAAUAGCUGGGGAACUGCAGGUGUGGAGCAGAGUGAAUGCCUUACCUUCCCCUGGCUGGGAAAAUGUCUCAUGGAAAACAUUCAUCUUGUAACUGAAGUUUCAUUUACGUCUGCCAGGACCUGCUCUUGGACCAAAUGUUGUUUUCUAAGCAAAAGGGGCUUUUUGGUCCUUCAAGCUGGGAAGGCUGAUUUCUGUACCGCUUUGCAGCCCUGGGGAACAGAUAGCCAUGAGCUGGUGAAGGCAGUUGUGUCUCAGGCUGAGCCUCGUGGUGGAUAGCAGCUCUCCUGAGCUCUGUAAGCUUGUGGGGCCCCCCCAAAAAAAUCUCAUUUCUAGAGGAGCCGCAACCCUUGCAUUGCAGGCACUCCUGCCUGUGUGUGUGUGCUUCCACAGAGCUCUCUGGUCGCCCCCGUGCUGCAGACCACAAACUGAAUGUUAAAUGCUUCUUAAGAGCCAAGCCAUCUUGGAAAAAAAGUAUGGAUGCAAAACACAUCUGAAAAAGUCAGCCUUUUGUGUAUCUUUUUUCAGAAUCUCUUGCUAUAAAUUCUCAAGUUAUCUGCGCUGUUACUGUGCUUGGAAAGCCCUGUAGGCAGGGGAAGCACUUAUUCAUGUGGAUUUUAGAUCGAUAAAUAUGGUUGCGAAGUAGUACUGACACACAGAAAUGUUUGAGGAUGCUUAGAGAAGAAUCAGCUGUUUUGUCAUAGCUCUGUGUCAGUUCCUUACUUGGAAAGUCUUUGCACAGCCCAGUCGUAGCAAAGAGAAAAGGAUGGAGAAAGGGAUGCAUAUUUCUUUGGCUUAAAAGGGGGAAAAAAAAGAAACACCCACAAACCCAAACCCACCCACACACACACAGUAAAAGUUUUGCACACAUCAGAAACAAAGGCACCAACAUUUGCUUGUCAGAGCUAAUAAAGUGUGCUUAGAUCUUAAUUUUUCUGCUUGGUUUCACAAAGUAAUUGAAACUUCCUUUUUGCUGCAAGGUCUUUUUUUCCCCCCUCCCCUUUAAAUAAGUGUUCUUAAAGGAACGUCUUUUGGUCAGUGAGUUUAUGGAAUUUUGCUGGGAAGGCAGACACAGUUUGAGCUCACUGAACAAGUGGUCAGUCAAAGUGCAGGGCACGAAUCACUCGUGCCUGCAAGUUGUCCCUCCAAGUUGAAAAACACCUAGACCAAAUAAACCUUGAACUAGAGGUUUUAUAGGAGCUUUUGAGCACGUUAAGUGAGGCUUUUGUAAUCAGAGCAAUCUGAUAAAAGCUUAAAAACCAGGAGUCCCGUAAAGAAAAGAGUAGUUAGAGCUGAGGUGAUAAAACCCGCAUCUGGCAAAGCGAUCUUGCUGUCUCCUGGUGACCUGCACAAGAGGUGGAUAACUCAGCUUGAGGGGUGAGGGAACUGAAGAGAUGCCAUGCUGUGGCCAUCCAGUGCCCAAGAAAGCUCGUUUAAGAGCAAAGCAGUGGUGUUUGGAGGAGGAGCAAAGCCUUUGUCACGGUGAGGGAAGGCUGUGGCCGUGCUUUAGGAGCUGACCGACUCCUCAUCCUCCAGUUUGAGUGUGCAGAUCACAUAAACGUUGUGCAUCACCUCCCAGGAAGUGUGGCAUGCUGGGUUUGGGAGGUUAGAAUAGGGAGGGUCCACCGUGCUGAAAGCAAACAAACAGCAAAGGCAAAAAAAGAAACGCAAAACAGCGAACCCAAACCCGCAAAUAGAAAACAGACCGUCCAGAUUGAUUGGCUCAGAUCUAUUUCAAGUCCCACAAGUUAGCAUCACCGCUCCUCUGGGGUGCAAUUGCUCCAUGUGGGCAAUGUGUUAACCAUGUGGUAUCCAAGGAAAUCCUUUCACAAGGAACUAUAUGCUUUUUUUUUCCUUUUUUUUUGGGGGGGGGGGUGUUUUAUUUCUAAUUUUUGUUUUUCUUGCCUUAAGCUUUGAAUGGGAAGGAUUAGGGCUGCCUGUGAGGGCUAAUUUGCAGUCUUGACAUGCAGGUGCUGUUGGUGAAGGAAUUGCGCUCUGUGAAACUUCAGUUUCAGGGAGGCUUUUCCUUGGGCACGUUGAAGAGCGCUGAGUGCUUGCUGUAACUUCUCAGGCACGUUACUGUUAACUUUUUUCCACGUCCCUGCUGGAAGCAGGUUUAAGAAUAACGAUGCACUUACUGGCUUCAGGAGGAAGCGAGGAGCUGAGGAGAGCUGCUGAUAAGGCCUCAUUUUACUUUUGGUUCUCAGGGUGUUUGGGCUGGAACGUGCUUCCUACCUGCAGCAACAGCUCAGCAAAGCAGCUGUGAUACUGAUUUCACAGUAUUGGCUGGAACACCAGAAAGCCCUCAGUUGGAGGAAUUACAGCUUCAGCCUAUUAACAGCUGGCCAUUAAUGGACUGGGUCUAAAUGCCUGGACUGUGCUUGAGAUUUUUAAGCUGAAUCCCCUGCAUGACAUUUGUAUUGCAAGAAUGCCUCCCAAGGAAAAGCAAUACCUUCUCAGUGGUGGUUUUGCUUCUCCUUUUUGGGACGGAGCGUUGGGUCGUGCUGACACCAUCUCAUGCAUUUGUGCUAUCAAAGCUGUGGAAGCUCCCUGCCGCUCAGGCAGCCCAGUUCUGAUGUUCUCUCCCAUCCCAGCGCGUUGUUUGUCUUUGACCAGCAGCUUGGAUAAACUUCCAAAAUAAAUUAAUGCAGCAGCCCCACUCGGCCUCCUUUGGCGGAGUGACUCAAAUGUGAUGCAUAUGAAAGCAGCUAGACUUCAAACGCUUCCCUUGGACAAAGUUUUCAUAGUCGUCUCCUAUAGGGGCAAAGGAGAACGUUUCCUUGAAGCAAAUCUUUAUAUAUAUAUAUAUAUAUAUAUUUUAAUCCUCCCUGCUUUCUGUUUUCAUUUACCUCUGUCCUGCGCUCCUAGCUCGCACCUGCCUUUCUGAUUCAGAAGCAAUCAGUGGUGAUCACUCGGUCUGCUGGCAUUGCAGCCCUUGGGCUCGGGUCGGACCCAGGGGUCAGGCUGCGGGCGGCGGAGGCUGAGCCUCCUGCUCUCAGACAGCGCUUGCUUGCACGCAGGAAUGCGGUAACAGGAUUUAAAGGAAACAUACAGAACUAACGAGGAUUAAGGCUAAUUGUCUGCCCCGUUCUGCGAGGGGUGGCAGGAUGUGGCCAAAUGGGAAGCGAUGUGAGGGGAAAAUCCAGUGGUUACGGUCUCCUCGUGGAGGAUGUGCGUAGGUUUGGUUGGUUUGCUCUCUCUGUGAAGGAAUGGAAAGUCGUGGAUUGGAAAAAAGUAAAAUAAAGGGGUAGUUCUUCCUUCUUAAAGGCUUUGAGUGUGUUGGAGCAGGCAUUUCUGCAGUUGCUGGUAAAUGUACUCCAAAUGGGUGGUUCUCACCGUGUCUGGGUUCUGUUUCAGCUGGCGUUGCUCUGUGCAUGGAGGUGACAUCCCUCCCUGCUAGACCUCAGCUGGUGCCGAUAGGAUGGGCUGUUGGACCUUGCAUGCCAGUGAGUUUGUUUUGAGAAAUGAUAUAAUGGUGUCAGAGAUGUUUUGGAGAUCUUGCUUUCCCCUGGCAACUCAGGAUGGGGGCUCUGGUCUUGCAGAGGCCACUAGUGUCCUAUGGCUUGAAUAAGGGGGGAUUUGUGAGUGUAGGUGGGCCUGAGAGCAGUCGUUCUUCCUUGGACUUCAACCAUUUUGGACAGAAGCGCUCAACGCUCAUGAUUUGGACUCUGAAGACUUUUGGUGGGCGAGGCAGAUGUGUGGCAGCAGGGGAGGGUGCCCCAUUUCCUAGCGUGGGGCAGCUGUUAGGUUAUAGCGGGCUUGGCUACACUUCAAGCUUUAAAGCUUUUUGCCUUUUUGUUUAUACUUUCCCCAAGUGAAUGAAUGAUGCUUCUGCAGACAGAGGAGAUGGAGCAUUUCUCCUGGAUGCAGAGCUUUUUAUCACCUUUUUUCCCCUGGGAAGGAUGGUGCUGGGUGCUGAGGUGUAGGUGGCCAAUGGCACAUGGGUCACUCCAUGUCACUAGCAACUUUUGGUUGGCCCUGGCUCUGUGCAGAGCCUCUGCUCACCCUCACUGUCCUCCUUGCCACAAAACAGCCCUGUGAAAGGCAGGAUGAAGGAGUGCCUCCUCAUGGAUGGGAAGCAUCAUCCUGCCACUGUGUGGGGAUUUUGGGUUUGUCCACAGUCCUUCAGUGCUAUGCUUUGCAAUUGAUAUGAGGGUGUUUUUUUUGUCCCCUUCCAGAAAAAGUUUAUCCCAGAAUGGCAGCAAGUUCUGCAGUGUCUAUUAUAGGUCUUGAAAUGAUGAAUAGUCUUUGUGGAAUUUAAUUAACCUCUUUGUCUUGUGUUCCAAUUUAUAGAUUACGCAACUGUAUAAAGUCCAGAGUAAUAUUUUAGUUUUUAAGUCAAAAACAGGAAAUGGUGGCUGAAUUUCACGAACUUUGUUUUUUACUUAAGGGAUUAAAAACAUCUUCAUAAUUUGGUGUUUUCUUAGGUUUUUGCUUGUGUUAAAGCUGCUGGCUCCCAUGCUGUUAUCACUCUUGAUGCACUUCAACACAUGGACACGGCGACCACUUGAAAGUCUGCUCACAAGCCUACACGUGCUGCACUCAAGAAAUGGAAGAGAGAUACAGUCAACUGAGCAAACACGACUUCAGAAACGCCGUCGUAGAGCUUAGCAAUCACUUGCAAACGAUGUUUAGUUCCAGAUACAAGAAGUUUGAUGAGUUCUUCAAAGAGCUUCUCGAGAACGCCGAGAAGUCACUGAACGACAUGUUUGUGCGGACGUACGGCCGGUUGUACAUGCAGAACUCAGAGCUGUUCAAGGACCUCUUCGUGGAGCUGAAGCGGUACUACGUGGGUGGCAAUGUCAACCUAGAGGAGAUGCUCAACGACUUCUGGGCGCGCCUGUUGGAGCGCAUGUUCCGGCUGGUGAACCCACAGUACCACUUCACGGAUGAGUACCUUGAGUGUGUCAGCAAGUACACGGAGCAGCUGAAGCCCUUUGGGGACGUGCCGCGCAAGCUGAAGCUUCAAGUGACUCGAGCAUUUGUGGCAGCCCGCACCUUCGCGCAAGGCCUUGCCGUGGCGAGGGACGUCAUCAGCAAAGUGUCUGCGGUGAACCCUACACCACAGGGUACACAGGCACUGCUGAAAAUGAUGUACUGCCCGCACUGUCGAGGUCUGACAUCGGUGAAGCCCUGUUACAAUUACUGCUUUAACGUCAUGAGAGGCUGCUUGGCCAACCAAGGGGAUUUGGAUGCCGAGUGGAAUAUCUUUAUGGGUUCGAUGCUGCUGGUAGCAGAGAGGCUGGAGGGGCCUUUUAACAUUGAGUCAGUCAUGGACCCCAUUGAUGUGAAAAUUUCAGAUGCAAUCAUGAAUAUGCAGGAGAACAGCAUGCAAGUGUCUCAGAAGGUUUUCCAGGGAUGUGGCCAGCCAAAAACACUCGCACAGGGCCGAACCGCUCGCUCCGUCUCUGAGGGUGGUUUCAGUGCUCGCUUCAGACCCUACAACCCCGAAGAGCGGCCGACCACAGCUGCAGGCACGAGCUUGGACAGGCUGGUUACUGAUGUGAAAGAAAAGCUGAAGCAAGCCAAAAAAUUUUGGUCAUCUCUCCCUGGCAACAUUUGCAGUGAUGAAAAGAUAUCUGUGGGCACGGGCAACGAGAAUGAGUGCUGGAACGGGAGCGCCAAGAGCAGGUACGACUUUGCGGUGACUGGAAACGGCUUAGCAAGUCAAGUGAACAACCCUGAGGUGGAAGUCGAUAUUACGAAGCCAGACAUGGUGAUUCGUCGGCAAAUCAUGGUUCUGAGGGUGAUGACCAACAAGCUGAAGAAUGCAUACAGUGGGAACGACGUCGACUUCAUUGACGUCAGUGAAGAGAGCAGCGGGGAGGAGAGCGGCAGCGGCUGUGAGUUCCAGCAGUGCUCCACGGAGUUCGAGUUCAACGCGACUGAAGUUACUGGGAGCUCCAACAAGAGUGAUAAAAAAGUGAACACUUCUGCCGCUCCCAGUAGCGGUUUAUCACAAGCAGCCUUGUUCCUUAGCGUUUUGGUCUUGGCCAUGCAAAGACAAUGGAGAUAAUUGUGCAGCAUAGGGAGAAAAAAGAGACUCUUAUUAUCAAAGUUAGAAGGCACCUGCUUUCACUUUUAUACCAUCUAGUGACUUUGCUUUUUAAGUUAAUGGACAACAGUGUACAGUUUUUACUAUGUUGCCACUGGUUUUAAGAUACUGGUAUUUUUUCCCCUUGCUAUUCUGGGGUUAACAGGAAUGGGGCCCGUCAGUCUGUCCCGUUCACCAAGAGUCCAUGAUAGAGGUGGAUAACAAAAAUGUAUAUACAAGCCUGUAGUUAGCUCUGCAUUCGUCUUUAUCACUUCUCUUUAUUUUUUUUUUUAAUUUUAUUUUAUUUUACCACAUUUCUUAUGAGAAGAAGAAACCCACGGUCCUCUCUUGGCAUGUAACAAGUAUGUGUUUCUGAAAUGAGGAAUAUCUGUACAGAAGCAGGUUUUAUUUAUCAUGUUAUCUUGUGGGGAAAAAUAAUUACCAAACGAGCAGAAAACGUGUUUCAUGUAGUUAACUUCCCAUUUAUCCGCCUUAUGUUAGUUGCCUUAUCUGGAAAGAAGUGGAAGUAAUUUGUCUUUAUGAUGUGCUGAAAGAGAAGAUGAAGGCAGAGCUGGUCAGCGUGCUACGUGCCCCAUUUGCAGGAGGUGGUAAUGCCAGGAGCAGGUUGUGCUUUCUUUACGGGAUGUUUGGUUACAUUGGAAGAGACUGUGGAGAAUUCCAGUUUCGUGGAUGCUAAGAAGAGUUUUCAUGUGUUCCCCCGGAUCCUUGCAAUUAGCUGUAACUUCAUGUAGGUCAGUUCCCAACAUGCAUCCCCCAUGGGAAUAAGGCAUUAAACUUGUUCAGUUGGAAGCAACUUGUCGUGUCACAGAUCCAAAUGCCAACGUGUGUCUUGACUGCAAAUCUGUUAGAUGAGCGCUGGAUUGACUAUUAUCAUUGUCAUUUUUAGGAAUACUUUGCUGAGGGUGAAGCAGGGGGGGCUGCUGGUUUUGUUUUUGCAGCUUUGGUUGGGUACAGAAGGGAAGGACCAGCCAGGCGGAGCUGCAGUGUUGCAGGCAGAUUGGGGCAGGAGCUGGCUGGGCUGAAAAUGCCCCUUUUUGGUGCAUUUGGUCACCUGGGACCCGGAGCCCAGGCACCGAGCGAGCAGCUUUCCAACACUGCCUGAGAUGCCCAUCUCUCUCUAUCUUUGCCUUUUGUGGUUGGAACAGCGUAAUGGUGAACAGCAGUUCAUUAAUAAAAGAAAUGUUUGUUUUUAAGAAAAGAAAGAAGAAUUUAAAGAGUUUAGGGGGGUGAAAAAGAGUCUUCAGAAAGACUCAGAAUUCCUCUGCAUGUCUCCUGCUUUAGAUAUAGCCUUUAGAUCUGGCUGGACACUGGGAUCCAGCCAGGAACACGGUCCAGAGAGAGAGAGAAGGUUUGCUGUAUUCCAGUCUUGUGUUGUAAGGAUAAUGUUCUAUUUUUAUAUUGAAGCAUUAAUUACUUGUUAGCUCAGGGUCAGCGUUAUAUUCAACUUUAUUUUCACACCAAAUUUCUGCAAAGCUAUAAAGAUGAGGUAUUCUUGGCCGCUGGAAACAAUCCUGGAGGCUUAAUUUUGCUAGAAGUAGCCCGUUAUUUAUUAAAACACGAUGUUAGUGGAGUUAGGGAUAUUCUGGCUAUUUUUUCUUUAGAAAAUAAAUCACGGAAGCAUAAAACUGAAAAAGUUAUAAAUUUAUGUGUGGGAAAAAAUGGAUUGUAAAUAGCUCAGUUGCCUUGCGAGGAGUUGGAAAAUGUGCUGAUACUUAGAAACUACCUCAGUUCUGAGGAAUUUCCUUUCUAGCUUUGAGUGCUAUUACAUUUACUUGGUAGAAGUGAAUCUGGUCUCCAAUAUGUAGCUGAAAGAGCUAUCCCUAUAGACCUUGUUAGAUUGUUUUUAAUUUAGAGGGUUGAACUACAUCCAGCUGUUUUCUUUCAGCUAAGUUCCCUAACAAAGAGAAUUUCUGAAUUAAAUAUUGCUGAUGGUUUCCAUGA